AGACGGACAGAAGGCCGGAAGUGACGCCAGCUGGCCCGCUUGGGGCGUAGGGGGUGGCGCUCUGUGCUCGGUGGCGCUCUGUGCCCAUGGCGCACAUUACCAUCAACCAGUACCUGCAGCAGGUGUAUGAAGCCAUCGAUACCAGAGAUGGAGCAUCUUGUGCAGAGUUGGUGUCUUUUAAACAUCCUCAUGUUGCAAACCCACGACUUCAAAUGGCCUCUCCAGAGGAGAAGUGUCAACAAGUCUUGGAACCCCCUUAUGAUGAAAUGUUUGCAGCUCAUUUAAGGUGCACUUACGCAGUGGGGAAUCAUGACUUCAUAGAGGCGUACAAGUGCCAGACCGUGAUCGUUCAAUAUCCUUUGUCAUUCAUGGCAGCUAUCCGGCGUAGAACACAUGCAGUGGAUUACUUGGGACUUGAGACCCGGAAACAUUGGGCCAGUUGCUCAUUUCUGCAGUUAGAAAGGAAUGACGGUGUUUUGGAAGAGAAACUCUUUUCAGCUCUUUCACUCGGUACAUCAUUCUUGCGAGCAUUCCAGGCCCACAAAGAAGAAAACUGGGCUCUGCCUGUCAUGUAUGCAGUAGCGCUUGACCUUCGAGUGUUUGCUAAUAAUGCAGAUCAACAGUUGGUAAAGAAAGGAAAAAGCAAAGUUGGGGACAUGUUGGAAAAAGCAGCCGAGUUACUGAUGAGCUGUUUCCGGGUCUGUGCCAGCGACACCCGUGCUGGUAUAGAGGACUCUAAGAAGUGGGGCAUGCUGUUUCUGGUGAAUCAGUUGUUUAAAAUCUACUUCAAGAUCAACAAACUCCAUUUAUGUAAACCCCUAAUUAGAGCAAUUGACAGCUCAAACCUGAAAGACGAUUACAGCACUGCACAAAGAGUAACAUACAAAUACUACGUUGGACGCAAGGCCAUGUUUGACAGUGACUUUAAGCAAGCCGAGGAGUACCUGUCGUUUGCCUUUGAGCAUUGUCACCGUUCUAGUCAAAAGAACAAAAGGAUGAUUCUGAUCUAUUUGCUUCCAGUAAAAAUGCUAUUGGGUCACAUGCCCACUGUUGAGCUCCUGAAAAAGUAUCACCUGAUGCAGUUUGCGGAAGUAACCAGAGCUGUGAGCGAGGGCAACCUGCUGCUGCUGCACGAGGCGCUGGCGAAGCAUGAGGCCUUCUUCAUUCGCUGUGGGAUCUUCCUCAUCCUGGAGAAACUGAAGAUUAUCACCUACAGGAACCUCUUUAAGAAAGUGUAUUUGUUACUGAAAACACACCAGCUGUCUCUGGAUGCUUUUCUGGUUGCCUUGAAAUUCAUGCAGGUGGAGGACGUGGACAUUGACGAAGUUCAGUGUAUUCUGGCUAACUUGAUAUACAUGGGCCACAUCAAAGGGUACAUAUCGCAUCAGCAUCAGAAGCUAGUGGUCAGCAAGCAGAACCCAUUUCCUCCGCUGUCCACAGUGUGUUGAAUGUAUACGUAGCCCUGAGGACGGGUGAGCUGUUGUUUCUUUCCAUUUUGGUUGUGCUGAUGAGACCGGUCCGGCACUGCGACAAGGCUCCCUGAAGCCGGAACUCUGGGAGGCGCUUCUCCCAGGGAUGCUGAGGCUGAGAUUGUCAGCACACCCGAGUCAGUCUCCUUCGUUUGUAACUAAUUUCAGCCUGAUGAAAACCUGGAAUUCCUUUUUCACAAAACUCAGCUGGUUCUGGAGUCUUUGUGAAACUUCUUUGAAGGAGGCUUUGCGUGAAGGCAGCUCCGGCUCACUUUUCCUAAGUGUGGUUCCUGAAGGCUGUCUUUGUAACUUUUUGUAGUUCUUUGUAUAAAAAGGGUAUUCUGAAUUUAUACACAUGGCAUGUUCUUCAUUAUAUCUUCCAGGAUACAUCUAUUUUUAUAUAUUAAAUUUGAAUAUGUUAUCAAAAUGCUUGGUUAACUUAAGGCAUCUUUUUAAAAGCAGAAUUUAAUUUGAUUUAAAUUUCCAGAUUUUAUAGCUUGCCCGUAUGGAUGCUCCUCAAUUUAUGAUGGGGUUACAUCCCAAUAAACUUACUUUAUUUACCUUUGC